AAGAGGCGGCCAGUCGAGGUUUAAUGUCCGCCAUGUUGGCCGUGGCGUACUGAGCAGACCAGGAGCGGCGAGGAGAGAAACCGGCACCCUAGCCUGGCCGCGCCACCCGGCGCCGCUGGGACCCGCCUCGGAGCGAGCCCCGCCCCGCCGCGGGAGCCCCGGUACCUCCAUGAGAGCUCUCGGCGGGGUCCGGCUCUCAGCUCGGAGCGCUCUCGCUGCCUCCCCCCCCUUUGCCGGAGCAGCAGCAGCCGCCAUAGCAGUUGCAGCCGACGACUAACAUGAGCAAACUGUCGUUCCGGGCCCGGGCGUUGGACGCGUCUAAGCCGCUUCCCGUCUUCCGCUGCGAGGACUUGCCCGACCUGGCCGAGUAUGCCUCGAUCAACCGUGCCGUGCCGCAAAUGCCCACGGGCAUGGAGAAGGAAGAGGAGUCGGAACAUCAUCUCCAGCGGGCCAUUUCAGCACAGCAAGUAUAUGGAGAGAAACGGGAUAAUAUGGUUAUACCAGUCCCAGAAGCAGAAAGUAAUAUUGCCUAUUAUGAAUCAAUAUACCCUGGAGAAUUUAAAAUGCCAAAGCAGCUUAUUCACAUACAGCCUUUUAGUUUGGAUGUUGAGCAACCAGAUUAUGAUUUGGAUUCAGAAGAUGAGGCCUUUGUGAAUAAGCUGAGGAAAAAAAUAGAUAUUUCUCCAUUGCAAUUUGAAGAAAUGAUAGUUCAGCUUGAAAAAGGAAGUGGUCAGCAGCCAGUCAGCCUACAGGAAGCCAAACUACUCUUGAAGGAAGAUGAUGAACUGAUUAGAGAAAUAUACCAGUACUGGAUUAAAAAGAGAAAAAACUGUCAAGGUCUUAUCUCAGUAGUGAAACAGGAGAAGCGUGAUGGUUCCAGCACAAAUGAUCCUUAUGUUGCAUUUAGAAGGCGAACAGAAAAGAUGCAGACUCGAAAAAAUCGAAAGAAUGAUGAAACUUCUUACGAAAAAAUGCUUAAACUGAGGCGGGAUUUGAGUCGUGCAGUAACAAUUCUAGAGAUGAUAAAGAGAAGGGAAAAAAGCAAGAGAGAGUUGCUGCAUUUAACGUUGGAAAUUAUGGAAAAGAGAUAUAAGUUGGGUGAUUAUAAUGGAGAGAUCAUGUCUGAAGUAAUGGUACAUCGACAGCCUAUGAAGCCUACUUAUACUAUUCCUGUUGGAAUAGUUCCUAAUAGCACUCAGUUUAAACACCAGGAAAAUAUAGAAUUGAAGGAAUUUAAAAUAAACAAGCAAGAGAAAGCGGAAGCUAUACGGCCGAAGAGAAAAUACGAGAAGAAGCCCAAAAUUGUUCCUUCAUCGGCUGCUAUUGCUUCUCAGCAGACAGUUCCUGCUUCACUGCCAAUCUUUAAUGCUAAAGAUAUGAAUCAGUACGACUUUCCCAGCUCUGAUGAAGAUCCUCUUUCUCAAAUCUUUUCUGGCUCUUCUGAAACUGAGGAAGAAAAUGAUCCUGAUGGGCCAUUUGCUUUCCGUAGGAAAACAGGCUGUCAGUAUAACGCUCCUCAUUUAGACCAAACUGGUGACUGGCCUUGGAAUACUCCUAAAGGGGGAACAUUAGGAGAUGAGCGGUAUAGAUAUUGCUUGACCACCCUUACUAGGCCGCAAAAGUGCAUUGGGUUUUCACGUAGACGGGUUGGACGUGGUGGAAGAGUGCUCCUGGACCGAGCAUAUUCAGAGAAUAACAGUGCAUUUUGCCAGCUGGAUUCAGAAACACCUUCCUCACAACUACACUCUUCAGUCAAUCAAAUUGCCAAUACCUCAGAAACAAAUACCUCGGAUAGAUAUUUAUCUAAAGACCUCAGUCAGAUACUAGUCGAUAUCAAAUCACGUAGAUGGCGUCAUUUUAGGCCUCGGACACCAUCCCUACAUGAUGGUGACAAUGGUGAACUUUCAUAUAGGAAAUUGCACAGGAGUGUUAAUCGAGCAGGCACAGCACAACCUGGGAACCAGACAUGCAGUACCUCUAAUCAAAGUAAAGAUAGCAGUGGUGCAGCACAUUUUGCAUUUACAGCCGAACAAUACCAGCAUCAUCAACAACAACUGGCACUAAUGCAGAAGCAACAGCUUAGAAAUCAGGGAAACAAAGAUUAUGACAACAGUUACAGAUGGACAUGA